ACAGUGCACCUUUAUCGUGUCUAGCAUUUCGGUUCUCGUCGCCUGCGAGCAGAGCUUCAAACUUUACCAGAAAAUUUGCAGCCCAAACUCUCCAAUGGCUGCAUGCAGUUUAGGGGCUUCAAGUUUUAAGAUAAGACAUCUAAGUUUGGGUUAUGGUGGACCCAAAGUGACUAGAUCGUCUGGUGUAAAAACAAGGUCUUUGGUUGGGUAUAAUGGUCUGGUAAUAUCCCCCAAUACAAAGAAACCAUUGAUUAGGCGGUGGUGUUUGGGUUCUGAAGCUCAAUCUAGUUCAAGUUUAGAUGGAAAUCUCGAGAAGGCCAUUUCUUCUGAUGGAGCUAGCCCACUGGUUCCAAAUUCAAAUGAUGUUGAAUCAUUCCUGGCAGAAUUGUGUGAUACAACCUCAAUUGCAGAAAUUGAACUAAAACUUGGUGAUUUCCAGUUAUAUGUGAUGAGGAACUUAAAUGGUCACAUUACAACUUCACAUCCUCCAAUUUCUGUUCCUGUUAGUUCCCCCCAAAACUUUGAGAUGCCUAGUUCAAAUGGCUCUGCUCCUGCACCAUCUCUAGCCAUCACGAAAUUAGCAUCAUCAGAUGGGAUUGGGACAUUGCUUGAUAAAGCUGCAGAUGAAGGUUUAGUGAUAAUUCGAUCCCCUAGGGUUGGCUUUUUCAGGAGAUCUAGGACUAUUAAGGGAAAGCGUGCACCUCCAUCUUGUAAAGAGAAGCAACAAGUGAAGGAAGGCCAAGUAAUCUGCUACAUUGAACAACUUGGCGGGGAGCUCCCUGUUGAGUCUGAAGUAUCCGGGGAGGUCAUCAAAGUAUUGCUAGAGGACGGAGCUCCAGUUGGAUAUGGUGAUCCUAUAAUCUCGAUUCUUCCUUCUUUCCCUGGCAUUAAAAUUUAAAAGCCUCCGCAGAUGAAGUGAGUUCAGGCAUGGAGUUUUCUGGCGUUGUAAAAAGCGGGGUUUUCCUUAUUUUGCAGAUUAUGACAUAACAAAUGCUGCCUAUGACAUUUGUAUUGUUUUUUGAAGCUUCUCAUUUUGUUUAUAAUCAAACUGCAGAGUUUAUUAGUUUCCUCAUUA